GAACCCGUCAGUGUUAUGAGGAAGUGAAGGGCGGUGGUUGAGAAAAGGAGCAGGACCGGGCUCGCUGACUAUUUUCCGUUCGUUGUCAGAAACUACUAAACAUUCAAAAUGUCGAGCAAAAAGGCAAAGGGAAAGUCCACCAAGAAGCGCCCCCAGCGCGCUACCUCCAAUGUCUUCGCCAUGUUUGACCAGUCUCAGAUUCAGGAGUUCAAGGAGGCCUUCAACAUGAUCGACCAGAACCGUGAUGGGUUUGUUGACAAAGAGGACCUUCACGACAUGCUUGCAUCACUGGGAAAGAAUCCAAGUGAAGAAUACCUGGAGGCCAUGAUGAACGAGGCUCCUGGACCCAUCAACUUCACCAUGUUCCUCACCAUGUUUGGUGAGAAGCUGAACGGAACAGACCCAGAGGAUGUGAUUCGAAAUGCUUUUGCCUGCUUUGAUGAGGAGGGAACAGGCUUCAUCCAGGAAGAUUACCUCAGAGAGUUGCUCACAACAAUGGGUGACCGGUUUACGGAUGAGGAGGUGGAUGAGCUGUUCAGGGAGGCCCCCAUCGACAAGAAGAGUAACUUCAACUACGUGGAGUUCACGCGCAUCCUAAAGCAUGGAGCCAAGGACAAGGACGAUUAAAGCACCGUACCGGCAUUCCCCCGUGAAACCCGCCUGUCUCCCGUCAGCUAGACCACCGUGCUGCAUAUCUCAGCUGUCCAGUACAAACCCCACUUUAAACAAACCAAAGCAAUAACUAUCCAGUCUGUUUGCUGUGAACUUCCAGUGUUGCCAAAAGUACACAUCUUGCUGAGAAGAAGAAAUCGGAAUGGCUUGUUAAAUGCUUUGUCGUGUUACAAUGUUAAGUGGCAUCACUUAGGAAGCUCUUAAGGGAUAAGUCUUUGCAAUUUAUGUGAUCGGGUUUAGCUGAAUUUUUACAUUUUAUAAUAUAAACUUUUUAAAUAAAGCCCUCUAUCAAGUUGUAUUUUGCUGUUUCCCUUCCAUAAAUGAAACUGAAAAGAAUUUUUUUGUCUUUUUCUUUUUUUUGUUUCACGGGUGUGUAACAGGACUGAAGCUGCGUCCUCUGGAGUUUAUCAAGUCCUGUCAAGUCUGCUGUCAUUCACAACCAAAUUCAUUUAACAUGUGAGAACUCGCUCCAGCUCAAUACUUUGAGUUUUGAAUGCACAGAUUUAAAGGGACUCGUACAGAGUUAUUUGGGGUCAUGUUUUUUGGAGGUAAAUUCAAUCCUGAAAUAAAAGUGGGAAGACUGUU